AUGUCCGAGGAAUCCGGUCUCAAAGACGGGACACAUGGAGGGAGUGCGGAUAAGAAACACACAGAGAGUGUAGACGCGGAGGAGGUGAUACCUGAAGGCGCACACGACGUCUACCGCCCAGAGGUGGACACGAGCAGCGUCGACGAGCGCAAGUUGAUGCGCAAGAUCGACUUGAGGCUCAUUCCAUUUCUGGCACUUCUAUACCUCAUGAACUCAUUGGACCGGGGCGCUAUCGGGAAUGCGAGACUGUACGGGAUGGAGGCGGACAUUGGGCUUAGCGAUAAACAGUACUUGCUGGCGUUGACGGCGUUCUUCUUCCCAUAUUCGCUGUUGGAGCCGCCUAGCAAUCUUGCUCUCCGCAAGUUGCGCCCGUCGCGCUGGUUUGCGCUGAUUGUUUUCGUAUGGGGUGUGGCUAUGAUGUGUCACGGAUUUGCAAGUAGUUAUGCGGACCUAGUCGGACUACGAGUUUUGUUAGGCAUCGCGGAGGCUGGACUGUACCCGGGCAUUGUCUUCUAUCUAUCCUGCUGGUACAAACGCGAUCAACUCGGCACGCGCGUCGCCGCCUUCUUUACGUCCUCAACCAUCGCCGGAGCUUUCAGUGGUCUGCUUGCCGCAGCGAUUCAUAAUAUGGACGGGGUCGCUGGUAUCCAUGGAUGGGCAUGGAUAUUUAUCUUGGAGGGCCUCGCGACAAUCAUCUUCGCUCUCACUUCGUUCUUGAUCCUUCAGGACUUUCCGCAGACGGCAACAAUGCUCACUGAAGAAGAGCGCGUGUACAUCAUUCGCGGGUUGCAGGCUGAUCACCAGUUCAGCGCGGGCAGUGGCGAGGGCUUCAAGAUGAGCAUCGUAUGGCAGACUUUGAAGGACCCAAAGACCUACAUCGCGAUGUGGAUCUAUGCUGGCUUUGAUGGCCCACUGUUCGCAUUCUCGCUUUUCACACCCACAAUUGUCAACCAGCUUGGCUUCGGCGCGACAGCAGCGAACUUGUUGAGCGUGCCGGUCUACGUCUGGGGCUGUAUUUUGACUUGCAUCAUCGGCUAUCUUGGUGACCGACUCGGCCAGCGAGGAUAUAUCAAUCUGACAUUGUUCGGGACAGGCUUCGCGGGCUACAUUAUUCUCGCCGCUUCACGCACACCUGGCUUAUCAUACUUCGCGACAUAUUUGGCAGCUUCUGGAAUCUAUCCGACCAUUCCGAAUUCAGUUGCAUGGGUUUCAAGCAACACCGAAGGUUCAUACAAACGCGGCCUCGUCCUUGGCCUCGCCAUUGGCUUCGGGAACCUGAAUGGCGCCGUAACGUCGAAUGUGUAUCGCGCGCGAGAUAAGCCGUGGUACACGCUUGGUCACGGGAUCGUGCUCGCCUACGUCGGUAUCGGCUUUCUAUCGUCGCUCGCGUACAUAUUUGUGCUUCGACGCGAGAAUGCGGCGCGGGCAAGAGGCGAACGUGACGAGAUUAUCCACGGUGUGGAUAGCAAACACGCGUGUGAAGAGAACGGCAUGUUUGACAGCGUCGAACACGCGCGACGGGAGAAGGGCGAUGCGUGGAGUGGCUUCAGGUAUACUCUAUGA